UAUUUUUAUAUUUUUUUUCAUCUUAACUUAAAAUACCUUUAUUGAAUAAAGAAUUGAGAUAUUAAAACAGAAUUUGGUCAAAAAUAAUACAAAAUAGCGGAGAAAUAUCGCAAGAGACGGUGAAAAUUUAUUGAAAAUUACCGAGUUGAUGGGAAUAAAUUGGAAUAAUUCUUUUGUAUGAAAAUUUCAUCAUUUGAAAUCCCUCAAUUGAAGCAUCAAGUGAUUAUCACUCUGAGUUUCAAUUUCUCCUGCCCAUACACUUUUAUUUUGGUGCUCUGAUUUUGAGUUACUUCAACAUUCUCCAUUCUCAGUCUUCUAACUAAACAGUGUUCAGAAUGGUACUUUUCCCAAAAGCUGCUGGUGAAUUCAUCGUUAAACACGCAAAAUAUCUAAAAAUCAACAAUGCCGGUAUUGAUAAGCUAUGCCGGGCUAUACUUGAGGGCUUGAUGACAAAGGAAAUCUCUGUGGAUAACUUCUCUCAGCAUGAAUUUCAUCCUAAGCCCAGUGAUCCUAAUUGUCUCAACUGGAUGUUUUUAAUUGACACUCUCAAUUUCUGCUUCUGGACACCUGGAGAUGCGACUAAGUGGAAAGUUCAAGGUCAAACUGGAUAUUUCGCUCUGUGUGCUGCAAUUAAUCGUGCCAUGAAGGCUGGGGAAGAUAUUACAAAUCCAAAAUUCUACGGAAAACUAGAUGUGGAAGGUUUGGAGAGAAUUCUGAAGGCAGAUGAUGGGCAAACAAAGGCACCUUUGAUUGAGAACAGGGUCAAGUGCCUGAAAGAAGUUAGUGAGAAGUUGCUACAGAAGUACAAUGGAAAUUUUGAGAAUUGCAUAAAACAGUGUGAAAAAUCUGCACAGAAGCUUCUCCAGCUUAUUGUCGAGGAAUUUCCCUGCUUCAGAGAUGAAGCUGUAUUUGAGGGAGAACGAGUUGGCAUCUACAAACGCGCUCAGAUUUUGAUCGGAGAUAUCUGGGCAUGCUUCAGAGGUCAAGGACUUGGAGAAUUCACUGAUAUCAACACAAUUACCAUGUUUGCAGACUAUCGGGUUCCCCAAGUACUUGUACAUUUUGGUGCACUGGAAUAUGGAGAUGAGUUAAUGGAUAGUCUCAAAUGUAAUGAGAUUUUGGAGAAUGGAACAGCAAAAGAAGUUGAAAUUCGUGGAGCAUCUAUUUACAUUGUUGAAGAACUCAAGGAGAGAGUACUGGCACAGAUUCGAGAACAAAAACUCAACAUAUCCACUCAGAAUGUUAACUCUGUUCUUUUGGAUCAUUUUCUCUGGGACUAUCGCCGUCGUCAUGCAGAUGAAUUGGAAUAUAUUCCUUUCCAUAAGACCUACAGUGUCUAUUACUGAUAUUACUGUUGCAUGCUGCUGAAUUCGUUAUUCUUUUUUUAAUCUACCUCGAAUUUGUGCCUCUCGACAAAAUAUUUUUUUUCAGAUUAUCAAUAAAUUGAAAACAAAAAUAAAUAAUUAAAAAA